AGCACCUGUGGCCUCCUGCCCCGGUUGCAGGUGCGUGCAGUGAGGCGCUGCGGGCGUUCGCGCUUGGUAGCCGUGUGCCGGGCUCACCAGCACCUCCGACUUGGCUUCGUGUCCCUGAGGCUCACUAGAAAAGGCUUCCUCAGCCCUCGGACUCCUAUUCCUUCCAGAGAGAGCUAACUUUUUGUGGUCUCCAACCUUGACCCCUGCAGAGACUGAGCGAUGGCGUCUAUGGGACUGCAGGUGCUGGGGAUCUCCUUGGCGGUCCUGGGCUGGCUGGGGGCCAUCCUGAGCUGCGCGCUCCCCAUGUGGCGGGUGACGGCCUUCAUCGGCAGCAACAUCGUCACGGCGCAGACCAGCUGGGAGGGCCUGUGGAUGAACUGCGUGGUGCAGAGCACCGGCCAGAUGCAGUGCAAGGUGUACGACUCGCUGCUGGCGCUGCCGCAGGACCUGCAGGCCGCGCGAGCCCUCACGGUCAUCUGCGUCAUCGUGGCCGCCUUCGGGAUGCUCCUCUCCGUGGUGGGCGGCAAGUGUACCAACUGCUUGGAGGACGACACCGUCAAGGCCAAGGUCAUGAUCACAGCCGGCGCCGUGUUCAUCGUGGCAGCCUUGCUGGAGUUGGUGCCCGUGUCCUGGACGGCGCACAACGUCAUCCGCGACUUCUACAACCCUCUGGUGGCUUCCGGGCAGAAGAGGGAGAUGGGAGCCUCGCUUUACAUCGGCUGGGCGGCCUCCGGGCUCCUGCUCCUGGGCGGAGGGCUGCUCUGCUGCAGCUGUCCCCCGCGAGGCAGCGACAAACCCUACUCGGCCAAGUACUCCGCCGCCCGCUCCGUCCCCGCCAGCAACUACGUGUAAGGCUCCUGCCCUGCUAUGGGCCGCCCACCGACUGCUGGGGACCGGGAGGCCCCGAUUGUGCCAAGUGACUGGCAGGUAGUCCCCGCGGAACCACCCGCCCCGACUUGGACACAUCCCGAGGCUCCUUCCUCCGGCCAGGAUGGAGAAUAGCUCCUCGCUGCCUGCAUCCAAGCUGCUCCUGGCGGCGGGGCUGAAGGCGGGAGCGGCUGGGUACCGCCGCGGAGCCGCGGAGCUGCGUCCUGCUGGCCGGGAUAGCUCAGCCGUGGCUUUGCGCUCUCGAGUGGACGUCCUGCUCUUGCUAGCAACUCCGCUGUCCCUUUCUGCCCUCCUCACGCUCUCCGCCCACCUCUACUCUCGCCACUGUGCCUCACGUUCCCGAGCACCCCCGGUCCUACCUGGAGCCUUGGUGGGACGCUGCCUGGGACAGAAGGGGCCGCUGAGAACCCCAGUGAUUGACGAGGACUGGGGCCGCACCCUCCCACCUACCCUCGGAAGCGAGGUCUGUGGAGUGGACGGACAGGUUUGAGGGGAGGGUGGGGGUGCGUUAAACUGGUUUGGGGAGGCCUGGGGCUGGGGACCUAGAAGCAGCCAGGUUGUCCCCACCCUUUUCAGUACCGUCUCGUUAAAUGCCCUGAUCUCUGUGCACCCCUCCCUCCUGAAGGACCCUUGGCCUCUUAAGCUGGCCCCUCUGAAUUCCCUACCCUUGUCAACUUCAGGGACACUGGCCAGUCUGCCAAAGAUACGGGGGGAGGGGGACGACGGCGUUGAAUCAGGGAGUCUCCUGGGCUCCCUACCUUCCCUGUGGUUUCUUGUUUUGUAAUUUAAGGUCUAUUCACAGCUGUAAUUAUUAUUAUUUUCUACAAUAAAUGGCACCUGUGUACAGGAA